CCCCCCGCGCACAAUAACCCCGGAAGUGGUUAGCGCGGCUGUCAUGGCCGCUAGGCUGAUGUUUGUUCGAGUGUUCUGUCUAAAGAGGGUCCCGCGGCGGCGCGUUCCCGAGGCCUCGGACCUGUGUAGCCCCUUCCGAAGUAGCUUCCUUGGUGCCUUUCCCCUGGAGGCUGUUUGGAAUUCAAGCAGACACAGCAUCUCUACAGCAGCAGCUACUUCUAAGUCAGAGGAAGACUUAUUUUUCAAGUGGUUCCUAUUCCUCAUCCCUGUGACCACCUUUGGCCUGGGAACAUGGCAGGUCCAGCGUCGGAAGUGGAAGCUGAAACUAAUUGCAGAGCUGGAAUCAAGAGUUAUAGCCGAGCCUAUCCCUCUACCUGCAGAUCCCAUGGAGCUGAAAGACUUGGAGUAUAGGCCCGUGAAGGUCAGGGGGCAUUUUGACCACUCUAAGGAACUCUAUAUCUUGCCCCGCACCUUAGUGGACCCUGCACGAGAGUCCUGGGAUGCAGGCCGGGUAUCUUCCACAGUGGAAAGUGGUGCCAAUGUUGUCACUCCUUUCCACUGUACUGAUUUGGGGAUCACAAUCCUAGUAAAUAGAGGAUAUGUUCCCAGGAAAAGAUUAAGUCCAGAAACUCGGCAGAAAGGCCAGAUUGAGGAUGAAAUCGACCUCAUUGGGAUGGUGAGAUUGACAGAAACCCGGAAGCCCUUUGUCCCUGAAAACAACCCAGAGAAGAACCGAUGGCAUUACCGUGACCUGGAGGCUAUGGCAAAGGUCACAGGCGCUGAGCCCAUAUUCAUUGAUGCCAACUUGAAAAGUACAGUCCCAGGAGGGCCAAUUGGUGGCCAAACAAGAGUAACCUUGAGGAACGAACAUAUGCAGUACAUCAUUACUUGGUAUGGACUAUCUGCAGCAACAUCAUACAUGUGGUUUAAGAAAUUUAUUAAACUAUCCUAGCAGACAGCAAUGGAGGGAAGGGAGUGUGUAGACAGUUAACUAUGGACAGAGGAACAACCUAGAGCUCAACUUCUAAGUAUUGAUGCUGUGCUUUAAAUAAAGGCUGCCUCUAAAUUCUA